UUAAGCACAUUUGAUGACAAGACAUUACAGGGUACAGAACUCUGAAAAGUAAACGUGCACAUUUAAUUCCCCAACAUUCAAGUGUGCGUGUUUAAGUGAGAUUGUUUAUAAUAUUGUGAUCGUGAUAAUUCAAUUCCUAUUGAAAUUCAUAUUGAAAUGGAUACAAAUAAUGUAAAAGAAAUUAAGAAGGUGGAUAUUGACAAUGUCUUGGACAAGUUUGGAGUCUUCAAACCGUAUCACAUGGGACAAAUCUGUUUGCUAUUCAUCGCCAUGUACUUAAAUGCUGUAUACUCCAUGAAUUAUGUGUUUGCUACAGAACAAGUAUCAUACAGUUGUAAAGAUAAUUUAGAUAAUAAUUCACAUUGCAAACCAUCAAAUUCUUCACACAAAUGUCUGGAGUGGGUGUACAAUAAUCCAGAUAGCUUUGUCGCGUAUUUCGAAUUAGCGUGCCAGGAAUGGAAAAGGACUCUAGUGGGGACGUUGCACAGUUUUGGAUAUAUGUGUGGCUUGCUCCUCAUUGGACCCAUGUCAGAUCGGUUUGGCAGAAAACCGAUUGCAGUUACGAUAGGCGUGCUAGGAGCAAUCUUUGGUAUCUUGAAGAGUUUAGCUCCGUGGUACUGGUUCUACAUAGCGCUGGAAUUUAUAGAAGGUGCUUUCGGAGAUAACGUUUCGCCGCUGUAUAUAUUGGGAUUAGAAUCGAUAUCAUCAAGAAAAAAGGUAUAUCUCUUUAUGUGUGGCAGCAUGGGCCACAUCCUGGGUGGAGCCGGGCUAGCUGCCGUAGCAUGGCUAGAACCUGAUUGGAGAUGGUUCUUAAGAGCCAUUUACAUUCCUGGAUUAAUUUUCAUUACUUACAUCUACUUCCUUGACGAAAGUCCAAGAUGGCUCUUGACAAAGGGAAGAAAAGAUGAAGCUAUAAGUAUAAUCAAGAAUGCAGCAAAAAAAAAUAAUUUAGAAUUUGACAAAGAAUCACUAGAAAAUUUAUCUUGUGAUGUAGAUGUUAAAGUAUCAUUUCCAGAAUUGUUAAAACAAACGUUCAAAUCCAAGAAACUGAUGAAAAGAUUUAUGGUUUGCCUGAUUUGGUGGACGACGUCAACUUUUGUCAACUACGGGUUGAUGAUCAACGCGGUUUCUUUACAAGGAAACAAAUAUAUUAACUUCAUGCUGGUUUCGUUAGUUGAUAUUCCAGGCUGUUUUAUAAUAACCUAUGUAUUGGCUAACUUUAAAAGGAAGUACCCUUUGAUGCUUUCGUUUAUGGGCGGGGCUAUUUUGUCUAUUUCGCAACCAUUUCUACCAACAAAUCUGCCAUGGCUAUCCAUCACGUUCUACAUGGCUGCGAAACUGAUGUGUUAUUUCUAUUUCUACACCACCUACAUGUACACCAUGGAGCUGUUCCCGACAUACACCAGGAAUUCGAUGCACGCCUUGUGUUCGUCUAUCGGCAGGCUGGGUUCCAUCAUAGCUCCACAAACACCACUUCUGAGGGUGUAUUGGCCGGGCCUGCCGUCGUUCGUGUUCGGCCUGGCAGCCCUGGUGGCGGGCCUGUCGACCUUCCUCAUGCCCGAUAUAGGCGACGAUGCACUACCCGACACCGUGCGACAGGCUGAAGCACUGGGCAAACAAAAGAAAGCCACCGGCCUCGAUAACGAAAACGGGGUUGAAGUGAAUCAAAUUUGAAAGUCGAUAAACGAGGUCGAUAAACUGACAUCUUGAACAUCUCCUAAACAUGGACAUACCUUUCCAGUAUAUUAUUUAGAGUUCCGUAUCAAGGAAAAAACGGUACAUCAAGGAUUGCUUUCUGACUUCCAAGAUCCUAUAUCUCCGGAACGCGUUGAGUUUCGAUUUCUUAUUAAAACCAUAUUAUAUUAAUAUACAUAUCUCGCUUUUAAACUGGCUGUAUGAUAAACUUAAUUGCAUAUCUUAAUGUAAUGUGUAAAUGUAAUGUGUAAUUGUAAUUUGUUAGAAUACUUAAUCCUUAUCUUUACGUGUACAAAAUAUUUAAAUAAUUAUAAACAUAACACACCAGUUUAAAGAUAAAUUGUAA